CUCAAAUAUCUGCUGCAUUAUUCAUUUCAAUUGGAGUUUCUUGUUUUUCUCAAGCUUUGAUCCUCUUGUUGCUUCGACAUCACUCAGGCUGACGAGGUGGAAGGAUGCUGGUGAACUUUUACGGCCUGAUACAUCCUUAAGAGACGAACCUCGAGCUAAACCUCUUUUCCGCUGCUCUCGCCACCCUCCGAUUUAGCCACGAUGGGCACGAGCUCGAAAAUCCCGUACUGGCAGCUCGUCUUCGACCAGAAGGUGGUCACGCCAGAGAUCGUCGAUUACCCCUAUGACGGCGCCGGCACGGAGGAGUCGCCCUACGCGGUGACGUGGAUCCCCAAUGAUCCCCGCAAUCCGAUGAACUUCAAGGACAGGACCAAAUGGCUGUACACGGUGCAAGUCUCCUUCGUCACGCUAACGGUGGCCCUUGUCUCCUCGGUGUACUCGGGCGGGAUGGGUCAAGUGGUGCAGGAGUUUCAGUGUGAGGAAGAAAUCGCCAUCCUAGGAAUCUCCCUGUUUGUGCUGGGAUUCGCCUUUGGGCCCUUGCUGUGGGCGCCCAUGAGCGAGGUCUUUGGCCGCCGCAACGUCUUCACCAUCACCUUUGCCAUCCUGACCGCCUUCAACGCCGGUGCGGCGGGCGCCCAGAACAUUCAGACGCUCGUUAUCCUGCGGUUCUUCGCGGGCUUCUUCGGCUCCUCCCCCUUCGGCAAUUCCGGCGGCACGAUUGCGGACAUGUUUCCGGCCUCGAAACGCGGCAUCGCCAUCAGCUUGUUCGCAGCGGCACCGCUGUGCGGCCCGACGAUCGGACCCGUGAUCGGUGGGUUCCUAGGCGCCGGGGCAGGCUGGCGCUGGGUUGAGGGUUUUAUGGCCAUCUUCUCGGGAGUGGUGUGGCUGUCGCUCGUCUUCCUGUUGCCGGAGACCUAUGCGCCGGUGCUUUUGCGCCAGCGGGCGGCCAAGCUGUCGGAGCUGACCGGGCAGGUCUACCGCAGCAAGCUGGACAUCGAGCGCGGGCCGGUGUCGCUGUCGCAGACGCUGAAGACGGCGCUGUCACGGCCGUGGAUCCUCCUCUUCAAGGAACCGAUCGUCCUCCUGUUCUGCAUCUACAUGGCCAUCAUCUACGGGACGCUGUACAUGCUCUUCGCCGCCUACCCGAUUGUCUUCCAGGAGUCGCGCGGCUGGAGCGAGGGGAUCGGCGGCCUCGCCUUCCUCGGAAUCCUCGUCGGUAUGGUAUUCGGGGUCGCCUACACCUUCCCGGACAACAUGAAGUAUGCGCGGCGCUGCCGCGAGGCCCCCGCGGGGACACGGCUGGCGCCCGAGGUGCGGCUCCCCCCCAGCAUCAUCGGCGGCAUCGCGCUACCGGUGGGCCUGUUCUGGUUCGCCUGGACCAACUACCCGUCCAUCCACUGGAUGGCCUCGGUCGCGGCGGGCGCUCCCUUCGGCUUCGGCCUGGUGCUGGUGUUUUUGAGUGUCUUCAACUACCUGAUCGACGCCUACACCAUCUUCGCCGCCUCGGUGCUGGCCGCCAACUCCGCCCUCCGCUCGCUCUUCGGCUUCGCCUUCCCGCUCUUCACCACCUACAUGUACGAGAACCUGGGCAUCCACUGGGCCUCCUCCAUCCCGGCCUUCCUGGCGCUUGCGUGCAUUCCGUUCCCGAUCGUCUUCUAUCUGUAUGGCGCGCGCAUCCGCAAGCAUUGUCCGUACGCGGCGCAGGCGGAAGCGUUCAUGCAGAAAUUGGCCGCUGCGCAGCAGCAGCAACAGCAGAAGCAGGCGGCUGUUGGUCCCCAGGAGAAGGAGAAGCUGGAUGUGGAGAAAGGCAGUCCGGUGGCUGCUGUGGCUGGUGCGGAUGAUAGUGUGGCGGUCGACAGCGACAGCGACAGUGAUAGUGAUCGGCUGUCGACGAUUCCAUCGCGGGCGGCCAUCGAGCGGCGGGCGUCGCGGGCGUCGCGGACUUCGCGCAAGUCGACGCGGUCGUUGGCGCGGACGGUCACGUAUGAGGAGAAUCCGUACGACAUCGAUCGGGUCAAUACUUGUAACUCGAUCAGUGGGCGGCCGGGGAAGAAUUGAGGACGAAGCGAGACGAUCUCUUUGUGAUGUCUCUUGGCUGUCUGGACUGAGUCCGCGAGCCGAUACAGCACCAAUCCACACCAUGGG